GCCCUCGGCCCUCAUUGCCAACCCGCCGCAGGGCGGGGCUUUUCUCGCUGCUAGGCCCCAGGAGGGAGGCAGGUGAUGGCAUGGGGUGAGCGGGUCUCUGCCCUCACUAAAGAUGGCUGCGGCGGCUACCGGGGCCGGACCACGUGGGAGCCGAAAGGGGUUGCGGCGCGGGACAUGGAGCCAGGGAGGCUGGAGAAGUUCCCCAGCCCGGGCAGGGGCAGCGGCCUCCGCGCUCUGAAGCGGGCGCGGCCCGGCGAGCUGCUGUACCGGGCCGAACCCUUCGCCUGCACCGUCACCAAGCAGCGACUGGGCGGCGUCUGCGAGCGCUGCCUGCGCAGGAAUGAACGGCUGCUUAGAUGCUCUCAGUGCAAAAUUGCCAGAUACUGUGAUACACGUUGUCAGAAAGAAGCCUGGCAGGAGCAUAAGCGAGAAUGCAAGUGUCUUAAGAGUAUUGAGCCUAACUUUCCUCCUGACUCAGUGAGACUUGUUGGCAGGAUUGUUUUUAAACUACUUGGACAAUCAGCAGCAUGUCCUUCUGAGAAACUCUACUCUUUUUCUGAUCUUCAGUCAAAUAUUGAAGAGUUAAGUGAAGAAAUGAAAGAGGGUCUCAGGCACCUGGCACAGACAUUGCAGCUUUAUUUGCGAGUGGAGAUCCAGGAUGCUUUUCAGCUGCUACCUGCAAUAGACAUUUUUCAGAUCUUCGCAAAAGUAAGUGUUAAAACUGAUUCCUGA